ACAAAGUUUCUUUAUCCACUGUUAUCUCUAGCUAAACAAGUAUCGCCAUUAUUCGGGCGUGCAGUGCAUUGUAAAAUACUACUAUCGCUUUUAAGCAGUUUAGCCGUUCUGUAACCGGUCAGUAAGGUGUUCAAAUUAUUUCCAGGUAUGCCAGUUAGCUGUCUGUUAAAACAAUUUCGAAUGCUCUUUUAAAGAAACAUUUUAAAACAGUCUGAUUAAAAGUCAUAUAAUUUCAAAAACAAGCCAUCUAAAGAACAAUUUCGAAUGGUGAAUAACUUAAUAACAAACACCUUGAAACAUUAGCAGCCCUAUAAAAGAAGUAGUCAGAAACCCCUUAAGUUACAGUAAGGAACACACAAUGCCUGAGGAAAAGACUUAUCCGGUACCCAGCUGGCUCACUAAAGACUAUGUCCAGGAAAAGCUGCGUGCAUACUUCAAAUCCGACACCCUUAAGUUGGAGAAAUUGCACAUCAAGCCGGCCAUUGCGAAGGGAAAAAACUACGCCACCGUCAUGACCCGCAUCAAUGUGGAGUUCACCACGAAGGAAUCAGUGGAAAAGAAGGCCACCAACUUCCUGAUAAAGACCACAUUCACCAAAGAUCCGGCUGCCCAUGUGUUUAUAAAAUAUGGGGUUUACACUCGGGAGAUGGACAUGUACCAAAGGAUUUUGCCCAAGAUAGGAAAGUUGGUGAAGGAGGAAAUCCAGGAUCCUCGAAGGCUUUUUGCGGGCACUGUUAUCGUCGAUAGGGAGACGGAUUCGCUUAUAUUCGAAGACCUAACGCUGGAGCACUACAAAGUGGCCUGCCGGGUAAGAAAACUGGAUCUGGAGCACACUCAUUUGGUGCUGGAAAAGUUGGCCGAGUUCCAUGCCGCCGGAGCAGUUCUGGCCGAAAGAGAAUUGGGGAUCUUCAGAGAGAACUAUGACCGUGGGUUUUACAACAAAUAUACGAGGGGUUACCAGCCGGUCAUGACGAAUCUCUUGAAGGCCCUCUCGCGAUCCCUAAACUUGGAUAAGGAGCUCCGCCAACGCUACCAGGCGAAGAUCGACCGACUUAUCAACCAUGUGAUGGUCUAUGGAGAGCGAUCGACUACCAACAAUCCAGGGGACUUUUUAACCCUGGCCUAUGGAGAUCUUUGGACCACAAACGUAAUGUUCCAGUACGAUGAUGAAGGUCACCCCACCAAUGCCAUCUUCAUUGACUUUCUGUUUAGCGUGUGGAACUCUCCGGCAAUCGAUCUGCACUAUUUUUUCUCCACAUCCAUACACGACAACCUUCGACUCCUAAAUCAGCCAGCAUUGAUACAGUUUUACUACUACAAACUGAAGGAGUACUUACUUAAAGUCAAGUACUCGGGUCAUAUUCCCAGUUUGUUUGACUUUCAAUUACAGUUCCGGAAAAGAGCCUUCUAUGCUGUUUUUGCUUCUCCGAUGUUCGAACCCUUUAUGGUGUACAAUGGCAAGGAGGAGCCUUCCCUAGAGCAGGUUAUUUCUGAGGACAGCAGUGGGAUAAGGUUUAAGGACGACGUUUUUCAGCAGGAGGGUCUCCGAAAAAGGCUUCAUCUCACACUUCCCCAUCUGGAGCAAUGGGGAUUACUGGAUGACAUGUAA